AUUGAUUGUUCAGUGAGAAACUAGGAAAACAAAAACAAGUUAAUCAAUGUGAGUUAAUACAUAAGUAAAUUAAAAACAAUUUAGAGAGGUAACAAAGCAAAGUAGCAAUUUAAAUAAAUAGCGAAGACAAUUUGGUUUACAGUUCAUUUCUUCUUAAACGUUUCAUGUUACAAUUUUACCUCUUAAUGUUUACUUGCUUGCUGGAUAAGCCAAUAAUUAUUACUACGCUGACUGAUUUGUAUUAUGGACUAUCGUUAUAAAUUAUAUCUAAAUCGUUUAUUGUCAUCAUGGGGUGAUCGAACUUGGGAAUUUGCAAUCGGACUAUAUUUGAUUAAAUUGUAUCCUUCAUCGUUAUUGUUAACUGCUAUCCAAGGAAUCCUCGCAUCAAGUGCUACUAUUAUUUUGGCUCCAAUAUUUGGUCGUUGGAUAACAAAAGCUUCAAGGAUUCAAGAAGUAAAAAUAUGUCUCAUCAUUCAGAAUGGUGCUGUGGUUAUCAGUUCAGCUUUUGUCGCUCUUUUCUUUCUCCAAGACCAGAUUGAGGACGAAUCAAUUAGAAAUGCUAUAGCAUUCGUAGCACCCAUCGUAUUGGUUGGAUUUUCUUUAAUCUCCCAAGUAACGAGCGCUGGCUAUACGCUUUGCCUGGAAAAAGAUUGGCUCGUGACGCUAGCUGAAGAUGAAAAGAGAUUAACAGAUCUAAAUGCCAUGUUAAGGCGAAUAGACUUAUCAUGUCAAACUGUUGCUCCUUUCCUGGUCGGUUUUCUGAUGCAAUUCUCAGAAUUAGCAUCUGCUGUGUUUUUCUUGGUCUGGAAUGCUUUCUCAGGAUUUGGCGAAUAUGCAGUUCUCAAAUCCCUUUACAAUCAAGGCAUUCCUGCUCUUUUGGAGCCCAAAAAAGAUAAGCCUGAUCUAAGCAACGAACUGAGCUUCUUUGACUUCGAUGCUUUGAAAAAAUAUUGGAAAUCCUUUUCUCUUCCUGGAGUAGCCUUUGGUUUAGUUUAUCUUUCAAUUUUGGGCUUUGAUUCAGUUACCGUUGGUUUCAUGACAAGUCAAGGUGUUGAGGAAGGACUCAUUGGAAUAGUAAGCUUAUUUGGAGCUAUUUUCGGUAUUCUGGGUACCCUGGUUUUCCAAUGGUCUGCAGCACGUAUUGGCCUUCGAUUAACUGGUCUUAUUGGAUACACAAUUGAUUUACUUGCUCUAUCAUUAUGUCUUGUAAUCGCUAUCAGUCCAAAUUGGUUCGGAUGGAACUGGGGUUCUAUGACUGCUCCAAUUAUUCUGUUCCUCAUUGGUAUCGCUGUUUCUCGUGCUGGUCUUUGGACUAUUGACUUGUCAGUUAACCAAUUGAUUCAAACACAAUCCACAAAACCGGCUUUAAUUGGCGGAGUACAAACCAGUGUAAAUAUUUUCGCUGAAUUGACCAAAUUCACUGUAGUUGCUUUUAUUCCUGCGUUGGAAAACUUUUGGAUCCUAAUUAUUGUAUCAUAUUUGUCAAUCACUUUGGGUGGCAUUUUGUUUGCCUUAUACACUUAUCGUUGUCGAGAUAUUACUCCACCAGAAGCUACAGCGCUCACGGAAAAGUCUAAAAUUGCUUAUGGAACUUUGACUGAGACAAAAUCUUGAUAUUUAUCUUGUAAAAGUCAUAGCCAUAAAAAUAUCAAUUGUUAAUUUCCUUAGAUAUCGAGAACGGGAAAUUAACACAAAAAAUAUUUUUCAUGAAUGGUUAAAACCAUAGCAAUAGCUGAAGCAUUUAAGUAACUAUAAUAAUGCCAUCACUUUAAAUGUUUGAUCGUCAAUAACGCCAUAUCUAUCUCAAGUAUUAAUUUUUUUAGAAGUUUCUCAAAACUUCAACGGGUCCUGUAUUUAACCUGAAUUUACUGUCAAUAUUUUAUCUAAAUUUUGUUAUAAUUUGUAUUUCUGUUUUGUGAAUAUAUCAAAGUUUAUUACGAGUGCCUUAAAUUAUAUCAAUUUUUUGUUGACAAGAAUUGAGAGUUUUAACUAUGUAAAAACACAAAGGUUGCGAAUAAAAG